GGCUUUUUACUUAUACUAUGAAGAUGAUACAGACCGGAUGUAGAAAAGAUGGAAAGAUACAGGUUAAACAGAUAGAGAGAAACAGCGCUGAAAAAGACCGAUACAACAAUGCAGAAACACUGUUACAAACAACUGUGAAGAGUACACCAGUAGUAAAAGUAGUUUUAGGAGAAAGAAAACAACUUAUUUCUUUGUGGUUAUGAUACUGAUAUCCCCCACUCUUCCUGCCUGUGACCAGCUACAGGGAAACAAUAGAAGUGCCAAAACGCCAGCAUUUCCAGAGAUAACCAAUACACUAUAAAGUCCCCACGUUCUGGAAAACACAACGAGAACAAAGAUAAAUGUCACGCAGGACAUGCAGUCUUUACUCAUCUCUGUUCCUGACAUGUAAUCAAUUCUCAGCAUUGGGGCUGCUGCUGCUUCCCUCCUCCCCGCCUGCCCCCUAUUUUGAUUAUAGACAGAUUAUCUCCCUUGCUCCAACUUAUUUUAUACCGAAUUUAUCAUCAGUUUUUGGGAUGUUCACGUAGUGUUCCAACGCAGAGCUACAAGAGAUGCUCUAUCGCUUCCCUCCCCAUCCCCGUUUAGGCACACACCAACUUUCACCCCACGUCCACCUGUACCAAAACGCUUCACCUGACACUGACAGCACCGCAUGCUGCAAUCCCACACACCCUGUGUGCGGCACAGUUGCUGUUACAGCGAAACGCUGUCCGAGAGUAGAACGACCCAGAAACAAAGCGCGGGCCGCGCACACGGGCCGUGCCCGCCGCUGCAGCCUUGGGCGUGCCCGAGGAACAGGCUGGGGAGCACGCGGGGCUCUGCCCACCGCGCGCUCCGGUGCGGGGCCGAUGCCCGCCGCCCCGCCUGCGCUGCCCGCCCACCGCGACACCGGUUCUCACAGGAACUUCCACUCGCCUCAGCCACAGCGCUGCCUACCUGCGUGCCGGCCGGGCCAGGAGUGGGAAGGAAAAAAAAGAGGGAAAGCAAGGAGAGGAAGAAAGCAGCAGCCGCCUCACCUGCCCGCGGCGGUCCGCAGUCCCCCCAGAAGGCGUUGCCGCCGCUGCCCCGCCCCUCCCCUCCCUCCCGCCACUUCCGGGGGCGCCACAAAAGUCUCGGGGCGCCGCCAGCGUUGUCGCUGUGGUUGGUCUAGGCAGGAAACUGGCCGCCGCGACGGGCCUUGCCGGUACCUCUGCCGGAGCAGCUUGGCAAUGGUUCGUAGUGGAAAAAAUGGUGGGCUCCACCUGAAGCAGAUUGCAUACUACAAGCAAACAGGGGAAUAUCAUCCCACAACAUUAUCAAGUGAAAGAAGUGGAAUCAGGAGAGCUGCCAAAAAAUUUGUUUUCAAGGAAAACAAGUUGUUCUAUGUUGGAAAAGACAGAAAACAAAUGCGCCUGGUAAUUAUUUCAGAUGAAGAGAAGAAAAAGGUCCUCGAGAAAUGCCACAAAAAUGCUGCUGGCACUCAUCAUGGUAUAUCAAGGACACUGGCUUUAGUGGAGUCCAAUUACUACUGGACCUCUGUAACAAAUGAUGUCAAGCAGUGGGUGUAUGCUUGCCAGCAUUGCCAGGCAGCAAAGAACACAGCCACCAGAGUGCACAAAAUACAUCCUAUCAAAGCAGAGGACCCAUGGACAGCAGUCACUAUAGAGCUAAUGGGACCUUUCAAUGUUACCAGCAGAGGUCACAAAUACAUCAUAAAUAUGACAGAUUUGUUUACAAGAUGGACUGUUAUCUUACCACUGCAUAACACUUCAGCAGCUGAAAUUGCUAGGGCAAUCAUAAAUGUGUUUUUCUUAUAUGGACCACCUCAAAAGAUGCCUAUUGAUCAAGGGAAGGAGUUUGUUUAUCAGAUAAAUGAAGAACUGUUUGCACUGUUUGGAAUGAAGCAAAUUGUAUUGUCUUAUCCUCAGACUGAUUAUGUAAAUGGAAGAAUGUCCAAGACAAUCAAAACUUUCCUUAACAAGUAUUGCAUAGACCAUCCAAAUGAUUGGGAUGAACAUCUGUCUGCUAUAGCCUAUGCCUUCAAUCUGACAAAUUUGGACCCAGAUCAAAACACCCCAUAUUUCCAAAUGUUCAACCGUAACCCACGUGUUCUUGAGCCCAUGAAUAUAUGUGUGGAAGGAGAAUACAGUAGUUUUGCCAAAAUAUUUGAAGCAACUAAAAAACUCAGUCAAGCGCUGGAAGAAGAGAAAACCUCAGAUUGCCAGGCAGGUAAAAAAACUUCAGAUGAACAAAAAAUCAGAACCAAAAUGACUGUCAGAAGGAAGCCAAAACAAUUAAAUUCCCUUCAACUUAAAGUUGGUCAUGAAGUCCUCAGGCAAAGAAAAAACUGGUGGAAAGAUGGUCGUUUCCAGUCAGAAUGGAUUGGUCCUUGUAUCAUAGAUUACAUCACAGAAAAUGGCUGUGCAAUAUUAAGAGAUUCCACAGGAUCCAGGCUGAAAAGACCCAUCAAGAUGUCUCACCUCAAGCCAUAUAUAAGAAGGUCCAGUGAAAAAGACAACCAUUACAUUCUACAAGGUGCAGUAGUUUUUGACCAUGACUAUAUUGGCUUAUCUGAAAGAUUUAAUAAUGCAAACCAGCCAGACUCUGUUGCUGAAGAGGAAAUAAAUACCUACAAAAGAGAUAUUACGUCUGCUGUACAGAUUCUGCCUGAAGCCUGCAAAGACCAAGAAUUAGCAGAUGGUAAACAUGAAUCUGAGCAGAGAGAAGAUCAUUGCAUCAAACCAAACACUGGAAAGACAGAGCAACGGCCUUCACCUUGUUGGACCCUUCAGACAAAGACAGAGAAUACUUAAGCCUACUCUUCUAUCACAUUUUGUUGCCAAACAGUUUGGAAUUAUGCUGGCAAACUGGAAAAAAAAAUUAA